AUGACGCUCUCCGACACCGUCGCGAUCACUGCUCUUGUGGUAUCACUCGUUGCUCUUGUGAUUGCUCUCCUCCAACUAUCACAAUCUAUCUUCCUCACUGCCGAUGGGUACCGGAACUGCUCAUCCGAAGUGAUCGGAGUUUGGGCGAAGAGGCGUCGUAGAGUCUUCGUUCCGUCGGAGUUCCGCCUUGCCACCAAGUUCACGACGCCCGAUAUUCGCGUCGUCGCUACCGAUGAAGUCGAGAGGAUCCGUCUGCGAGGUCACUUUGUUUGCAGCAUUACCGCUCCUAAUAUGGAAUCGCAUUACGUUGAGGUUGCGCAGACCAUCCAGCCAUCAGGAUACGUGCCAUGGCCCAGAUCGGGUGUAAAGUCUGGCGAGAGUUCCUCGCCGUCCCCUAGGGAUGUCGAACAGCGAGCCAUCCGUGUACAAACGCUGCCGCCCUUGACGAUUUCCAGCAGGACGCACGCCGAGCCAUUAGUCACGUGGGCAAGUCUACUGCGUGAAGUUCACAAGGUGUACGUAUACAACGGCAGCCAAGCGCCGCGGCCGGGCGUUGCGAUCUUGGUUCAGGAAGGCGAAACGUGCGCUGUACUGUACAUCGAGCGCAGUUGGGACUUCCUUCCGCCCGACCUGGUAAGACCGCCAGCUUCUACGAAUCUUGGCAGCAUUGUCAACCUCGCCUUAAGAUUGGGCAUGCAAUGGCGCUUGUUGGAUCCUGGUAACGGGAAGCUGCUGGCUAAUGGUAAUGGAUACAGUCUCAGCACGACCGACAUCAAAGGUCUUGGUAUCGUGCUCACAUUCAGCUCCAUAGGCGAUCCAAAGCCGGUACCAUUCAUUCCGACCAGGGCUGUGAGUCAGAUGAUGUGCGGCAUUUUGCCUGCUUGCCCACGACUUGUCAGGCGUACUCAAGGGUUCGAAGUAAUCGAAGACAUCCUCGAGAAAGGUGACAGGGUGUCUUUAAAAACCACCCUUGUGCUCCUCGGCGUUGCGCCUGAAGUGAUCCACAAGAUCGAGGCACAAAAUCUCAGCGAGGCACAUAACGAGGCCAUCAUACUGCUGUGUCCAUACCUGCCCGUGAGCGGGCAAGCCAUGUGGAAGACUUGCACUGCACUCUUUCGCUCAGAUACAAGAUCUGUGUUCAGUUACUGGGAAGGCAGACUAGCUUUGGUUCGGCGCUUGCAAGAUCGAAUAAAGAACACCGAGCGCUUCGGUCAGCCCAGUGAAAUGAUAGUCGCAGUAUACACGCGCCUUACGUCUCUGCAAGAUCGCUAUAACGCGGAUUUCUUCUGCCGCCUUUUCGAGAGCCAACUUCGUGGACGGCGUGGUUCGGGCGAAGUCGAACAGGAAGCUGAAAGGUUGACAAUGUUGCAUGAUCUGAGGGAGGUACACGAUUGGACUUCAGACUAUUUCUGUGACCGUGGCUGGAGUGACGACUACGGCACUGGGAUCACAAGGUAUGCUCGGCUCGUCGGAGCCCACAUUGCGUUGUCGGUGAAGGCUGUGGAAAUGGCGGCCAAGACACAAGAAGAACGCAAGAACUGGAACUACGACUUCAGCGCCUUUAGGUACUAUGGUUUCGUGCAAGGGGUAUACGAGCUUGGUCGAGCGUACGGCAAUCUCGUGCUUGGAAAGGAAAGCAGCCUACUUGAAACGCUGCACGCGGCAGGCGCACUUGGCAAUGGAGCCAAAUUUUCGCGUGACGCUGAGAAGAACGCACACAGCAAGACUGAAGAUGAGGCGUCCGAUGCCCGUAACGUGGAAGAGGCUUGGUGGGUCAUGGUUCUUCGUGGCAUCGUAUGGACCAUGUCGGUCGAAGUCGACACGCCUGGCCAACCGAUUCCAUCAUGGAUCUUUGAGAACAAGACUCCGGUUUGGAUCACUUAA